UGCCGAGUGCGAUACGAGCAAGAGUGAACGAGCAGCAGUCACAGAGGACGUUAGCCCGCCGACGCGCGUCGUCGCCUCGCUCAUUGUCUCGCAACCGUGGCAGGUGUCGCUGCCGUGAUGUGUGUAUCGUGAAGUUAAGUGAGACUUGCUGUUCAUAUUGGAUUGUUCGAGCGUUCAACAUGACUGAACCAAUGUUGAAAGAAGACUCGCUCUCGAGGAUUCAGAGGGAGAUAUACGAGGUGACGGAGAGGGAGAGGGAAUUCAAAGAGGGUCACUUCAGAAUCAACAGACUGCACUCGGAGUCGACGCUCGACAUCAAGCAGAACGGGCACGUGAACGGCGUCGCCGAGCCGCGCGCGCUCAACCGGGCGGUGUCCACGUCGCAGCUGCUCGGCCCCGUCGGGCCCGCCACGCCGGCGGCGCCCGCGGCGCUCGUCGCCAACGGCUACACGCGCAGGUUCACCCCGCAGAACGGGACCAAAGGCAUCAUGCAGCGGUUCAUCGCCAACAAGGGCAAGCUGCCGACGCCGCCGACGGCCUCGCCCGCCGCCAUCGCGCCGCAGCUGAUCUUCCCGCCCGCCGCGCUCGCGCCCGCCGCGCCCGCCGUCAUCACGCGCACGUCGGAGGGCAAGCCCGUGCGCAAGGGCUUCGUCCCCGUCGAGGAGAAGAUCCAGAAGGAGCUGCGAGAGAUGAAGGAUCGGGAACACGAGCUCAAGAAGAUGAGGAAAAAGCAAAAGCCGUUCGACAUCGACCUCAGCGACUCCGAGCCGACGUCGGAGUCCGACGAGGAGGACAUUCCACUGCCCGGGAAACUCAAACCCGCCAAGUCCAUCGGGGAACUGUACGAGGCUCGGAACGAGGAGUCGAGGACGCCGUCCCCGCGCGACGGCUCCGGCCAAGAGUCGCUGGGCAGCCUGAAGCCGGCCAAGUCGCUGGCGGAGCUGUGCGAGCUGGCGCCCGGCCAGGAGUUCCUCGCGCCCAGCUCCACGCGCCUCAUCGCGCAGUGGGAGUCGAUCAUACAGCAGAAGCAAGAGGCCGGCGCGGCCUAGGCGCGGCGGGCGGGGGGACGGGCGCGCGACGGUUCCGAGGGAUAGUUCGGAUCGCCGACGUCGGGCGAUUAGUUUCUGCAGAGCGCGAACAAUGCCGCCGAUGGUUAUCCGCGGCGACAAUUACCGCGGAGUGGAAAGCGAGCGACGCGGCGCGACACGUGAGUGAGACGUUUUCUUCCUAUUGUUCGAUAUCGGCGCUGCUGAAAAACCGAUGGAGGUUUCGCCGCGCUUUCCCGCAGAGCCGCACCGGCCGACCCGCGAAGUUUCCACAGUGGGAACGCGCAGCGAGAAGCCGUAAUGUAAAUAUAGCAUCUCACACUUUUCGUUCGAGUCUCUCGUUUGUUCCCGUUUCCGCCAUUGUUGUUUGGUUAUUGAUUAAUUAUCGGCGUAAUUUAAUUUAUUGGCAAGUUUGUAUUAUAUUCGAGUCAUUCUCAGCGGAGUGUAGCAGUGGCCAAGUGGCCGAGGGCCCGCGCACACUGUCGAGCGGUACAAACGCACGGCGUGCUCGUAUAAUUCACACGGAAUUAAGAAAUACUUUCACGUGUACAGGCGCGCUCCUCGCGACACUAGCCGCUUGUAUUUAAAAAAAAUGAAGCUGGAAUUCAUUUUAAGAAUUUUAGUUUGAAGUCGAGAACGUUGUAUUUAUAUAAUAUCUGAGGAUUUUAAAUGUGCAUUUUAGAGGCGGCCCUAUUGGGCGUAUAUUUUAUAUUUUAAUGUUUAAAGGGAGUUCUAUUUUUAUGUAUUAGCUCUAGACGUGUUCUAGAGCACCGUAUCGUCUCCGACAAAUGAAAGUAAACUUUACAUUGUAGGUGCGAGUGUUUACAUACCGAUGUACUUAUACGAUGAAUUUAUAUCGUUAUUGUAGUGUAUUCAAAUUUUAAUAUUUUAAAAAACAUCUUAUUCAAAAUCUAAUACGAUUGUAGCUACGUGUAGAUACGUGUCAAACGACUUUGUGCCUUAUUUAACUAUUAUAUUUACAUAUUUAAAAUUUAGCUUAAUAUUACACAAUAAAUAACGUUAUACACCUACAGCACAAUUUAGAACUUUGUUUCACACGUAAAUAAUAUUUAUUAUAUUUUAGAUAUUUCAAAACAAUAUCAAUGAGUAUCAAUACUUAUGUAUUGUAUAAUGUAAAGUAUUUUGUAGUCCCAUGUCAGUAAUGUUACGAUAAUGACAAGCCAAUGACAAUUUACUACGUUAAUGUACUUAAGACCCCUCACUCGUCACCUCACUACACAGUACAAUCGCUUGAUGCGUCGUAGUGUCGUAGCUGUGAUGCAACGCCAGCGGCCCAACGCUCGCUAACGAUACUCUUGAAAUGGAUCAUUGGAUCAGGGUCAAGUGAUGAAACAUAUAUUUAUGCCGUACGUGUAAAACUCUGCACAAGCGGCUAAACAAUCUCCGAUUUCUUACGUCACCCAAUCCUAGGUUUCAACUACGGUCACGGCGUCAAGUCGCCUUUGUGGUCCGAUUUCCGACUCUCUUAAGACAAGAGACGCUCUUAAGGAGUCGUUCCAACCUCCUUUCAUCACCUAGUUCCUUAGGCCCCAUUCUUCAAACUUGACGUUUUUAAAAGUGUUUGUAUAGGAAGCCUUCCAGAAAUAAAUGAAUUUUGAUUUUUGAGAAAUACAAUAAUGUCUACGUUGGUUGGGCGUUGGUCCUAAAGUCACAGCAAACGCCCCUCGUUGGCGUUAAAAACCUGCCUUAUUACUUAAGCAUAAUAUUAUAAUAGUCAAUUUAAUUUAAUUAUAAAUCUAUUUAAUAGUAUACAGUUAUUGAGAUUGAUAGGUAUAAUAUUGUUGGGACAGUUCUAGAUUUAGUUUUGUACGCAGCGCCAGGUCGGUGGAAUAUUGUUUAUGUCGAAAUGAUAUCUGAUAAGCGUUUGGUGACUGUUCAAAUACAUAUCGGGUUGCACUCUUGCGAGGUAAGAGGUAUGACAUUACAUAGAGAUAGUCCAUCAAGUAAAAUACGUGUACACUAUACACAUUCGGGCGUUAUACCUACUUAGUGUUCGCCAUUGAAAGAUUUCAAUUUUAAACUAGACAAUCUCUAUCUACUGGGAUACCUCUGUUAAAUGAACCCAUAGACAGCACUUUAGUUGUAACAUUGAAUUUACCUAUGUUUAGGUACAAGUUGUAUAUGUAUUAUAAUUAUGAAUGAACGAAAUGAAUAGCAAUGAAGCUGUUUUAGAAGUUUCUAACAAUAUGAAAGUGCAAAUUAUUGUUUAUAGUCUAGGUUAUUUAUAUUGAGAUUGGCGGAGUCUUUACCUACGAGUACUCUCUAACAAUGUAUUUGGAUAAAAGUUGUUAAAUAUCUAGUUGUAUUUAAAACCAGGAGGUUAUUAUUCCUUGUUAAACAUCUCCUGAAGAUACUAAACUCGACAAGAGCGUAGCCCUAAACCCCAGCGUACACUGUGGAGACGGAGAACAGCAUUCUAUUCAGACUAAAAAAAUAAAACCAGACUGAUAACCUUCACCUACGCACAACUCUGUCAUAGACACAAGACUUCUACAAAUUGUUAAUAGUUAAAAUAUAGUUAUUAAUAAUUAAUUUAUACAAGAGUAUUACAAAACUUAGUAGAUACCUGCUUAAUUGUCCGUAAACGUUUCAUAAAAACUACGCGCAAAAUGUAUUAUGUGAUGCCCCAAACCAUGUACAAUGUACAUUGUAUAUAAUAAUUUGAUGUCAUAAUUCCAAGUUAAGCUCACGGAUUUGUAACUAUUUAGCCCACACUUGUCAGAUCAGACAGCGAUGCUGCCUACUACUACUAACAAUUAAAUUUUAAAACUUGAAGGUUGACUAGCUAAAUAAAUACAUGUUUGUGCAGUGUGUAUUAAGAUUUAAAUUAAAAAAAAAAUAGAUGACUACUUAAACUAAAUUUGCACUCGUCCCUACAGUGUACGGUGGGCCUAACCACACAUGUGAUAUGAAAUUGCCUUAUAAAUAAAAAUGUUCGUAUACAUAUAUUUCAAUGAAGAUUCCUAUUUAUAGCGAGCUAUGUAAACAAAGUGAAAAUAUAAUUUAUAUUGUACAUAUAAAGCCGGGUGCUCAUAUGCGGAAUGUAACGUACUUUUACCCGACUGUGUUUUUACUACCAAUUAAGGAAAUUAUUGAAUUGCUAUACACAAAAAACUUUUAUAAAUCUUAUUCGUCAGAAGUUAGCGAGUGCGUGCCGUAGUCGAUAGCAAACUAUCAAUAGUCAAGGUGUAAUAGGGUAAACUAAAGCGUUAGGUUUAACGUUUUCUAUGUACUAUGGUGAGACUCAUUACCUGAGACUUUUCUCGCGGGUCUUAUAUAGCCUUAAAAAUGUUGAGGGUUGGCAAAGGCGACAAAAUUUUACAAUUUUUUACAUAAAAUUUUAUUAAUGAUGAUAACAUUAAGAUUUGGCAGUUAAAUAUAUAACACACGGUUGGUGUAUUAGUUAACAGCAACAUGUAUAUGAGCACGCGGCCUAAUAGAUGAAAUGUUAGACUACGUUAAGGUUUUCACAAUAAAUGCAUUGUCAAACGCA